AUCUCCAAUGAAAAAUUGAUUAUUAUUAUUAUUUUUUUACUUUCAUUGAAAAUUUAAGAUCUGUUUGGGUAGAAAAAAUUAUUUUAUUUUCUGAACAAUAAUUUCAGAUUUUCAUAGCCCUAUAUCAAUCAAAUCAUUUUUUUAUUUAUUUUUUUAAUUUCAAAAACCCUUUUAGUUUUUUGAAGAAUAGGGUCUGCAUCUGUUAAAAACUUGAACUUUGGCCCCUCCAUUUUUCUCCAUUCACUCCAAAAAAAUUCACCAAUCAUCAAUAGAAACAAUGCGCGGGAUACCCAAAAAAAUUUCACACUCUUUUUCUUCUAUAUCUAUAUAGUACAAAGUUUUGAUUUAGAGAGAGAAAGUAAACACAAAGCUUUCUCUCUCCAAAAGCUACACACAACCCUUGAUUUUCAUCUGGGUUGUUGGCUGAAACCCCUUUGAAGAGUUUUGGAGAUGAAGCUGAUAGUUUUGUUUUUCUAGAUUUAUCUGGUGAGAUUGAAUGUUGUUUUGGUGGGUUUUUUGAAGAUCUAGAAAAUGUUGGGUAAUGAGCAACCUUUGGAUUUGUAUAAGCUGUUUAUGGUGGUGAAGGAUAAAGGUGGUUAUGAUGUUGUUUGUAAGAACAGGUUGUGGGAUUUGGUUGGGGAAGAAUAUGGGUUGGGUGUGAAGGUUGGUUCAUCUGUUGAACUUGUUUAUAGUAAGUAUUUGAGUACUUUAGAGACGCCUUUGAGGAAACUUGUUGAUGGUGAGUUUCCUAAGUGUGAUUUAGUGGAUGAUAGAGUUAAAUUUGGUGAGCGUUUAAUGGAGUUGCAAGCUGAAUUCUUCCUGGAUGAUUAUGGUGAGGAAGAUGCGGGGGAUAGUGUAUAUGAAUGUAGGAGGAAGUUGUGUAAUAGAGUGAAGGGCGUGAAGGGUGUCAAUCAAGAGUUGAAUGCAGUCGAACUCGAAAGGGUAUACGACUACAUAGACGGGAAGAAGUUGUGUGGUACUAAUAGAGUGAAGGAUGUGAAUCUUGAGUCUAAUGCAGCCAAGAAAGUUCAUAAUAGAGGACUUGUUGAUGUGCAUAUGCAGGAUUGUAAGAAGAACGAGACUAGUCUCAGAAAGUUGGUUAACCAUAAUGCUGUAACGGAAAUAAUGGAAGGGUUUGAUGGGGGCAAAAUAUUAGCAAUGGAUGAUGUAUCCGAUGCAGCAAACAGCAUGCCCGGAUUGUCUGAUGGAAGCAAGAGUUGUGCUAAUGAUGACGCUAAUGAUAGUGGCGACGAUGUCUUGGUGUUGGAACCAUCUAGUGUUAAUAGAGAGAGCUUUGGUCGUAAGAGGAAGAGAGACUCGAUGACAGAAAUGCUAAGUUGGGUUACUAGCACUGCAAAGAAUCCUUGUGAUCCAGUGAUAGGUUCAAUGCCUGAAAAGCCAAAGUGGAAGUCUUACGGUAAUCAAGAGACCUGGAAGAAGGUUUUGUUGUUUCGAGAAGCUGCCUUUUUGAAAAGAGAUUUUGGAUCAAGCUGUGAAAAACCCAGUUGGCUGGCUCAGAGGAUGCAUCCUUGUAUGUAUGAUGAUAACCUCGGGACAAAUUACAAUCUUAGACAAAGGAUCAAAUGUGACAAUGGACUUGUAGCUGGAAAAUCUUCAUCUGCUUUGCAAAGAACACCAAGAUCUGAUACUGAAAAUAGUGCCAAGAAAAAGUUACUUGACUCCGGUGAUUCACAAUCAAUUCUUGAUACACCACCCACCGUGAACAUCCCUCUCGGGCCAAACCAUCAAGUUGAAGUGGCCGAAUGGACUGGCACAACUCACGAGAGUGAUUCUAAGUGGUUAGGAACCCAAAUAUGGCCACUAAAAACUGUAAAAUCCAAAUUUUUGGAAUGGGAGCAUGUAGGACAGGGUAGACAAGACUCAUGUAGUUGCCAAGUGCAAGGUUCAGUUGAGUGUGUUCGAUUUCAUGUUACUGAGAAAAGGUCUAAACUCAAGCUGGAGUUAGGUGUGGCCUUCUACCAGUGGAGUUUAGACAAGGUAGGUGAAGAGGUACAGAGAUGGUGGACGCAGCAAGAAGAGAAGAAGUUCAAAGAUGCAGUGAAAUUAAACCCUGCUUCUCUUGAUAGAUGUUUCUGGGAUAAUAUUUUCAAAUCUUUUCCUAAGAAAAGCAGGGAAAAUUUAGUCAGCUACUACUUCAAUGUGUUUCUUUUGCAGCGCAGAGCAUACCAGAACAGGCAUACUCCUGAUAACAUUGACAGUGAUGAUGAAGAAUCAGAAUUUACAUCAUUGAGGGGUAUUUUUGGACAUAAAAUUAAUAAAUCAAACAGCAUCACCAUAUUAUCUCCUAAGAAGCCACAGACAAAGCCACAUACAAAAGGAAGAUAGCUAGUGAAUGUCAGUCAAAUCACGAGCUUCACUAUGAGUAAAUAUUUUGAAAAUUGUGUCUUCACUGCAGCAAUUUUUCAGUAUCAAUGGAUCUCUCCUUGCGUAGAAUAUAAAAUCAUCAUUGCUAUUUAGGACAAAAGAUGUUGCCUUUGGUGGUGGAAGCAGCUAACUAAUAACUUUGAAGAUCUGACUUAUUACAAGUUAAAGUUGCUUUUUCUUCACAUUCAUUCAAUUUUGAGACUGUUCAUAGCGAUGCAUUGAAGCCACAACUUCCUUUAAUUACACAUUUUUUCACCAAGUUUUGACAAUUGGUUACAUGAAAGUUAAAACCGCAUCAGUAAUAUACAGCAACAUUUUUAUUGUA